AUGGUACAGCAACUAGAAAACAACCAGGAAGAAGAAGAGGAAGUGGACAACACAGAAAUGAUGAUCAUCAAUGACAAACGACAUGAAACAAUAGAGAAGGGGCAAAUUUACAAGGACAAAGAAACAUUGAUAAGUACACUAUGCUACUUUGCAAUCAAGAAGACAUUUCAAUACAAAGUAGUGAAAUCUUGCACAAAAGAAUACAACAUAGUGUGUUUGGACACAAACUGCAAAUGGAGUUUAAAGGCUACAAAAAAUGGAAACACAGAAACAUUCAUAAUAAGGAGCUACGAAGAAGAACACACAUGUGCAGUUACAAUAAGAUUUGGAGAUCAACGACAAGCUACAUCAAAGUUGAUAGCAGACUUUGUAAAACCAAAAUUCUUGAACCUGAAAACAAAGUGCAGCCCUGCAGACAUAAAGACAGAAAUGAAAGACAAAUACGGAAUAAAGAUGAAUUACAUGAAAGCAUGGCGUAGUAAAGAGCGAGCACAAACCCAGCUACAUGGAAAUGCUAAAGAGUCGUACAAUCUCUUGCCUAGAUACCUGUACAUGCUACAGAAAACAAAUCCAGGAACAUUAAUAGACAUAGAGAAAGAUGAUGAUGACAGUUUCAAAUAUGCAUUUGUUGCAUUGAAUGCUGCUAUAAAAGCUGCAAAAGCUUACACAGAAAUGGAGUUUGAAUUCCAUAUGAGGGAGCUAGACAACUUGGAUAAGCGCAUAAGACCGUACCUGGAGAAAAUUGGCCAUGAAAAAUGGUCAAGGUAUCAUUCAGAAAACAACAGAACUAUGACAGAAACUGUCCAAAUUGUAGGUACUCUACCAUGA